AUGGAAUUCUACAUUGAAGAAUCACCCAUCUUUUACCUUCCAAGACAACAACCAUCUUCCUCUAUCAUGCCAUUGGAUAUCUUCUUCAAGCCAUCCUAUGAUCAACAGCUCUAUUAUGAACAAGAGCACCGUCGGGCCAUCCAACGUGAACAUCAACGUCGUAUGAUCGAACGUCAAUUGGAAUUAGAGCGUCAACAGGAACUACAACGACACUUGGAGCUUGAACGUCAACGUGAACUUCAACGUCAACGUCAACAAGAACUUCAACGUCAACGUGAGAUCCAACGUCAGCGUGAAAUUCAACGUCAACGUCAGAUCCAACGUCAACGUGAGCUUCAACGACAACGUGAGAUCCAACGUCAACAAGAACUUCAACGACAACGUGAACUCGAACGUCAGUGGCAACAACAGCAACUCAAUCUCUUGCGUGAAAAGGAACGUCAACGUCAACUUAUGGAAGAACAGGAGUAUCAGCAGCAACUUCUCAAGGAGCAACAGCAACAACAACUUUACAAUCAAUGGAUGUCUACCAUGCUGCGUGAUUUAUGGGGUUCAAGUGACGAAGACGAGGAAAGUGACGAGGAAAUGCAAGAUGACAACAAUGAAGUUGGAAUCCAUGGCGACAAUGAGCAACCGCAGCAAACUUCUAUCUCCGACAACGAUGAAUCCAGCAAUGUCCCUAUCAACUUUACUCAUCAUCACUCGAAACAACAACAACAAUCCACUCCUGCUCCCUCUUUCUCUUUUUCGGUGCCCAUUCAUUUUGUCAAUGAUUCUCAACCCAAGGACGCUGCUGCUGAAGAGUCAAGACAACAACAAGACGAUUCAAUGGAAGAAGAUCCUACACCCGAGGAACAAGAACAAUCAUCCGAUAUCCAUCAAGAGGAUGAUCAAGGGAUGGAAAGUGACAGCAGCACUUGGGAAACCGUUUCUUCCAAUGAUGAAGCCGUACUCGAGGAGAAGCAUGCCCAGUUGCGUAAUCUUGGUGAACAAUUGGCACUCUUGUCGGAAAAGGAAGCUAUCACUAUCCCAGGCACACGGCUACAGUUCCAGGAUUCGAUGAAGGAUGAGAUCAUUGCUACAAGUCCUGAUAAUCGGCAAUUUUUGGGUCUUGAAGAUGAAGUCAUGCGAUUGAUGCUCAAGCUGGAUGCCAUUCAAUCUGACGGCAGUGAAGAAAUACGCAAGGAACGCAAGGCUCUCAUUCGACAAGCUGAAAAGUUAUUGGACAAAAUGGAUCAACACAAGCAACAUGAAUGGGAAAGGAUAUCUCUCCACUCCUCUGAUGAAUCUUCUUCCUCUUGA